GGCGGCCCAAUGGCCUCCUCGAUGGGCGUCGCCGAGCAGGGGACCCAGAAGGAGGAGGAGGAGGAGGAGGAGGAGGACGACGAUGAGAAGUUGGUGAGGAGGUGCCUGGUGGGGGAAAAUGGCUGACUUUCUGAAAGGAUUGCCAGUCUAUAACAAAAGCAACUUCAGCCGAUUCCAUGCAGAUUCUGUAUGCAAAGCAUCGAACAGAAGACCUUCAGUUUAUCUUCCGACAAGGGAAUAUCCAUCAGAACAGAUAAUUGUCACAGAAAAGACAAAUAUACUCUUGCGUUACCUACAUCAGCAGUGGGACAAAAAGAAUGCAGCGAAGAAAAGAGAUCCUGAGCAAGUGGAAAUAGAAGGUGAAAACUCUGCCCCACCUCGCAAAAUUGCCCGGACAGACAGCCAAGAUAUGAAUGAGGACACUUAAAAUUCUCUCCAGUCUUCUGUGUUAAAAUUUACAGGCGCUUCCUGUGUGGGUUUUAUUUUUAUUUUUUUUUCUGUGUGUCUUUCAGUGUGUACACAGGCACGCACAUGUACAUACACACUCACGCACACUUCCGUCAGCCCUCUGCCUUCCCCAUCUCUUCCUCCUGUCCUCCAUCGUGCAGCCUAUACCAUUUCUGACUUUGUAGAAGCCAACGUAUUUAUUUUUGGGAUGGGGGAGGGAGGAUUCUUUUUCCAUUUUUAAAAAUUAUUUAUGCGUGCGUUCUCUCUCGCUCUCAUGUUCAGAGCAAAUCAGAAAGUAAUGAUGUUUAAUCUGUGAUCAGUGCUUUUUUUUAAAAAAAAUUCAACUUUUGUGGCUACCCCUUCUUUUUUUUUUUUUUUCUUUUUUUUUUGAGAAAUGAGCUGCUCUCUGAAGAGGGAGCUCAGUUCAUGCCGAUGGCACCCCCUCCGCAUUGUGUCCUCUGUUAUUAUCGAGAAUUUCCAUCUCACAAUUACUGUACAACUACUGGUGUGUCAUAACUUAGCAUUGUUUCGAUAACAGGAGAAACUCAUGGAGGGGAGGGAAGGUUUAUUUCUUACCCAUCCUUCUCCAGGUGUGUUGCUACCUGCAUACCAUUUUCUGUUUUCCAGCAAUGGUGGGGUGGGGGGGAGAUCAGGUUGUUUGCGGUGGUCUCUCUUCAGCUGAUGAUCUCUGGCUGAGAUUGUACCCAUUUUGCUGGCAAAUGUUGUGUUAUCAUGUUACUUUCUCUGGCCUGUCUCCUCCCCCUCCCACCCCGUGACCCUCUGGCUCCCCCUCACACCCCUGGGAAACUCAUUAGCACAUCGGUCGUAGAUAGCAAGCGAAAACCUAUUUGGGCUUGCCCGGCAUCUUUUUUGCACCAUUCUUUGGAUGGACCAGUUCUGUGCAACUUUUCAAGUAGAAUAAAGCGGGAUAUUUCUCACCA